UCAAAGCGGCUUUAUAAAUCGCCCAUUCACCAAUUUCAGAAAGUUUCAUGAAAAUGCGAAAUCGCAUAUGAACUCUGAAUGGCACAGACAAGCAUCUGAAAACUCAAGUAACUUUAUAUCUGUCAUGAAAAAUGAAAAGAAAAAUGUUGAAUGUCUUGCAAAUUAUGGUUUGGCCAAGCAAAUUGAAUCGAACAGAGCGAAACUAAAAUCCAUUGUUUCUUCAAUUUUGUUUAGUGCACUACAUGACUUACCAUUAAGAGGUCAUACCAAUGAGGAUGCUGUGUUCAAUAACCUUUUACAUUUUAGGAAAGAAGCUGGUGAUUCUGUUUUAGAAGACCAUCUGAAAAAUGCCUGCUUUUUGCCGUCAGUAGCAAAAGCCAUCCAAAUAGCUCUUUGUCUGCCACCAACAACUUGCACCAUCGAGCGAUCAUUCAGCACUCUCAAACGUGUGAAGACCUGGAUAAGGAAUACGAUGUCGAACAAUCGUCUACGUGGGCUAUGCCUGUUAUCUGUACACAGAAGAAAAAUAAAAGAAAAUAAAGAAAACUUCAUGCAGAAAGUAAUUGAUUUAUUUGCGAUGGACACCAGAAGAAUUCAAUUAUUAUUUAAGUAACAUUUUACUGACACUAACCGUGUUGCGUUUUAAACAGCAAAACAAUUUUUCUUGUA